CGGCGUGCGCAUCGUGUCUGCAGUUGCGUAACAAUAAUUUCCUCAUAACCGUAACCGCGUGAUUCUCAUCAAAAUUACUCGAGACAGUUCCCAAGUGUGUUAAACUCCUGGGGGAAACCGCGAAUAAUCCACCGAACAUUGUUAGCCCCUCGAUACGUUGAAUCGCAAGAGGCACGGUGUUACCAGAGAAUACACUGCUAUGUCGGAAGGUCUCGGUGGAACUCGCUAGUGACGGUGAAAAGAAGGAUGAUUUGGCGAGUUGCGAGAGCCGGGAAAAACGUGGGACAACGGUAACGAAAGCUGAGUGUUCCAUGGAUCAAUUAAAGAUUGAUAAAAUGUCGACGAUCAAGACGACUGGAACUGGAGCUGCCAGAACAUCUCUGCCUAUUCUGAGUCACUUCAAGUAUGAACAUCUUGUUGCUGGUGUCUCCGGGGGCGUCGUGUCCACGCUUAUGCUGCAUCCAUUGGAUCUAAUAAAGAUUAGAUUCGCAGUCAAUGAUGGAGUAUCAAAGUCUGUGCCACAGUACUCAGGACUGAGACAAGCAAUCAGAGAAAUAGUAAGACUAGAAGGAUGGAGGGGAUUGUACAGAGGAGUAGCACCCAACGUUCUAGGGUCUGGAAGCUCUUGGGGAUUUUAUUUCUUCUUUUACAAUAGUAUAAAAACCUGGAUACAAGGUGGUAACUCGAAGAAACCACUGGGUCCAUCCCUUCACAUGUUUGCAGCAGCUGACGCUGGUGUUCUAACUCUCCUGAUAACAAAUCCAAUUUGGGUUGUCAAAACACGUUUAUGUUUGCAAUACAAGACUGACGUAACACUGUCAGAGUCUAAGAGAUACUCUGGAAUGAUGGAUGCACUUGAGAAGAUUUACAGGACUGAGGGUGUCAGGGGACUGUACAAAGGUUUAGUUCCUGGUAUGUUUGGGGUGUCACAUGGGGCUAUUCAGUUCAUGACGUAUGAAGAGAUGAAGAACCAUUAUAACAUUUACAGAAAAACGCCCAUCGAUACCAAACUGGGAACCAUGGAGUACAUUUUCUUCGCAGCAGUAUCGAAACUAAUUGCUGCCGCCUCAACAUAUCCCUAUCAAGUUCUCAGGGCACGUCUCCAAGAUCAUCAUCAUGACUACAAAGGCACAUGGCACUGUAUCCAAGUUACAUGGAGGGGUGAAGGUUGGCGUGGAUUUUACAAGGGCUUGAGUCCCAACUUAACAAGAGUUGUACCGGCGACUGUCAUCACCAUGGUCGUCUACGAGAACGUGUCACAUUUUAUGUUGAAUAAAUCAUCAUCUGGGUCUAAUCAGUACCGCAAAUUCGACACCAGUGAACAGUCCCCGAUGCCGGUGGCAAUUAAGAACGUCAAGAAUUGAUUAAGGUAACAUCGCUCCAUUGAAGGAAAAAAGACGACGAAAAUUCUGAUGAAAUAAAAUUUGUAGUUGAAAAUUAUUCAAGCAACUUUAUGAUGCAUUCCACGAUUUAUACUUUUCACGCAUUUUAUUUGUUCUGGGUGCAUUUUUACUUUGACAAGUAAGAAAUGAUGAAAAUUGUUAAAUUCUGUGGAGAGAUGAUUAGGAUGAUUGGUUACAAGAUUUCAGUAAAUUAAUUUGUUUAUAAAAAAUAUUAUUUGAGAUUUUGCCUUCGUAAAUAAUCGGCCGAUUAACAACAAUUCGAUGUAGAUGUGAACUGGAUUUUCUCCAUUCUCUCCACAGAAUAAUUAGGGGAAAAAAGGAAGACUGAGAUAAUUGCUACAAUUGAAAAAUUGAGAAGAAAUUUAUCAAACACGCUCAAUUAAUUAUUCGAUAGUCCAAUCUUCCUUCUUAUUUAUUUGUCUAAAACUUGAAUUUUCUUCGUUUUUUGCUAGCAAUAAAUUGAUGAAUGUUUUCUCCGACUUUUGAUUGGUUUCCACGGAUUGCCAUUGCGUAAACUGGUAGAAUAAAAACUUGAGAUAAUCAUCAUUACGAAAUUCAUUUAAAAAAUGGCCAAGAUGUCGAGACUCUGCUGGCGGGUCUUAUAAUCUGUAGUUCUCAUUAUAUAAUCUCGUUUUUACUUCAAUCAUAUCGUACUUAUCAAUGUGUAACUGACGUGUGGGAGUGCUUGUUUAUUCAAUUUACUUAUGGUAAAAACAAAUUGUUCCAUGUCUGGGUAUCAAGAUCGAUGUAACUUGAGCCGUAGUUGAAUAAAUAUGUGGAUUAAUGGAAGAAAAGUAAA